GAGAAGCAUGUCGCCCCUGUAACCACAUAGUUCGUAAGUGUCCGGUAGAACAACGAUCAGGAACUCGAACUCGUCUCAGAGCCUUGUGAUUACCAGCUACAUGGUUAGAUCAUCCAUCGAUAUUUGCCACUGUUUCCACACGGGAGACACUGGUCUUGUAUUGUAACCGACACAACGGUCAUCAGUUCCGCACGACCCCCUGGGAUCACCAGGGCAGAGAGUACAAUAUUGCCGACGUACUGGCGAUAUCUCAGGGCAACCACGAGACUAUAUUCUCUCUAUCAGCAGUGGCCAGCCUCUGCUUAAUCCACUUUCGUCGACCAUGGAAUCGGUCAUGUCGGGUGUUGAUCUUGGGCCAUAUCGCAGAUUCGUGCAGAAGAUGCUCUGGGACCCCGAGCCACCUAACGACCAAAACAGUGACCAGCCGGUCUGGUGCCUGGGGAUUUCAUACACCAGAGGCACCAGAGGUGCAAACAACAGUGACAAAACGAGUCCGGCCCUGGCCCAACCCAACACUACCAGGUCGCCACAAUGUGAUGCCAAACCGGAGGAAUCGCUGGCCUUAGGGAGCACCUACCGAACCACAUUCGAAACGGUUACCAGCAAGGUUUCCAAAUCUCUAACCUUUGAUACUAUGGGAGACGAUAAGGGCUGGCCGUCUGCCUUCCUUGACGACUUCGAGUCAAGGUUCUGGAUGACCUACCGAUGCGAUUUUGGACCUAUUCCGAAGUCCACCCACCCGCGCGCGGCAUCGGCUCUAUCUUUACCGAUGCGAAUCAAGAGCCAUCUCACAGACCAGAGCGGCUUCUCCUCUGAUACGGGGUGGGGAUGCAUGAUCCGAUCCGGCCAGAGUCUGCUGGCCAACGCCAUGGCGCUGCAUACCCUCGGCCGUGAGUGGCGACGAGGAACAAAGCCAGACACAGAACGAAAUCUUCUGGCUAAGUUCGCCGAUGACCCGAGAGCACCGUACUCCAUACACCAGUUUGUCAAGCACGGCGCUGCGAUGUGUGGAAAAUAUCCCGGGGAGUGGUUUGGGCCGUCUGCCACAGCCCGAUGCAUACAGGCCUUGGCGAAUGAACACGAACCACAGCUUCGUGUCUAUUCAACGGGCGACGGUCCUGAUGUAUAUCAGGACGGUUUCAUGAACCUUGCCAAGCCAGAUGGGCAAGCUUUUCGCCCGACUCUGAUUCUCGUGGGCACGAGGUUAGGUAUUGAUAAGGUAACGCCAGUAUAUUGGGAGGCGCUUCUAGCAGCUCUCCAAAUGCCGCAGUCAGUCGGGAUAGCAGGUGGCCGGCCUUCUUCCUCGCAUUACUUUGUCGGGACACAAGGCUUGUACCUCUUCUACCUUGAUCCUCAUCACACUCGGCCAGCAUUGCCAUGGUACGAAGAUCAUGGCAAGUAUACAGAGGCAGAUGUAGAUUCAGUUCACACUAGACGGCUUCGCCGUUUACAUGUAAGAGAGAUGGAUCCAAGUAUGUUGGUGGGGUUUCUCAUACUGGACGAAGAAGACUGGGAGGACUGGAAACGAAACGUCAAGCAUGUCCAGGGGAAAGCUAUUAUUCAUGUGGCAGAUCAUGAUCCUCGAAUGGUUCGUGAGGGUCCCGUCAGAGAACGACGCAGCGCUAUCGAUGAGGUCGAGAUACUCAGUGACGGCGACAGCGACACGGCAUUGGCAUCGUGAUUCCCGUGCGGUUGUGGCGUGGCAAACACGCUAACAUUGGUUGCAUGGGCAGCUUGAAUUGGAAAGCUGAAGAAUGACGGUGCUCUGUGUUCAAGGGCUUGUAUAAUAUUGUAUGCUGGGACCGGGAUCAGCUAGAGCGCUGACGACAACCCGUGCCACGCCCCACUUAUAUUUUGGUUUAUUAGGCACUCACUAGCUAUAAGCUGGUGCUGGAUAGUUUUAUUGCUAUGAUAGUUUAUG